AUGUUAGCUAGAGGCAACACUCCUGCUCUAGGCUCAGAUGUGAUCAACCAUCACCUCACUGGUCACAAAGCUAUGCCAGGACCUACACUGGAGCUCAGCAUGCUCAUGAACCAUCACCUCAAGGUACUUACAGGCCUCAAUGACAGAAUGAAGUGGGAUGAACGAGACCUUCUCAACCCAAGGGCAGUCUCCAUGCAUGUUUGGCAACACAAAAUAUUCACCUUGCUGUUGGUCAUUCCUUUCGCACGAAACAUUCUUGACCGAAAAGUGGUGACCUUUGAAGAUGCUGAUUCUAUGCUUAGCUUGAUCAUCAUGCAUAGCUUUUCAAACAAGUUGUGCACAGAGUAUUUUGCCAAGCAUGGUGAUCAACUGAUACCAAUCACCAUAGAUCUAUUCAAAUGGGUGCUAAACAAGUGUAAGGCAUACUCCGCCACUAAGGAGUAUGAGCUCCAUGGGAUCACCUAUGGGUUACACUGGGACCAGAUUGGAAGUCAUGCCUAUGAUUUCCUAACCAAAUGGGAGGCUCACAUAUCUGAACUUCAUAUGUACCUGCAGGAACCUUGGACACCAAAUGAUCACUACAGGACACUCAAGCAUGCCUUACCUUCAGACAAGAAUGCACUAUUUAACUCAGUGUUUAUAUUGCAUGAAAAACUAAAUGGAAAGGAUCAAACAGCCAAAAGCAUAGCUGAUGUCCUAAGUCAGUGCUAUGAGCUUGCUGCCAAGAGUGUGCCUGUGCAUCUGUCCCCUAUGGCUGAGGUGUCUGAACUUACUGCAUUGCAAGCAGCCACUUUGAUUAACUGCUGGGCUUGUGGGGACCUUGGGCACAUGGCCAACUGA